UUGAGUUUAAGAUCCAGAAUUUGGAAGCAAAAAUGAGUGAGCCGGUUAAGGUGAUGAGCACUUUCUGCAGCAUAUACGGCCACCGUCCGGAGGUGGCCCUGAGGCUCAAGGCAAUACCUUACGAGCUGCUCCUGGAAGACAUGCCCAACAACAAGAGCGAGCUGCUGCUCACGCACAACCCUGUCCACAAACUGGUCCCCGUGCUCCUUCAUGGCGACAGAUCCAUCUGCGAGUCGCUCAUCAUCAUAGAGUACAUCGACGAGGCCUUCAAGGGGCCACCAUUGCUGCCAGCCGACCCCUACGAGAGGGCCUCGGCCCGUUUCUGGGCGCAGUUCAUCGACCAAAAGUUUGCUAGGCCGUUCUGGAUGUCGAUAUGUAUGGCGGAUGGUGACAAAGAGGAGGAGGAGUUCUUGAAGGAGGCCAAGGCGAAUCUGCUGCUUCUCGAGGGGCAGCUUAAGGGGAAGAGGUUCUUUGGAGGCGACUCGAUUGGCCUCGUGGACAUAGCUGCUAGUGGGUUAGCUCGCUGGCUCGGAGCCUUCGAAGAGAUCUCCGGGGUUAAUCUACUCACAGAUGAACAGUUCCCUGCUCUGUGCCGCUGGGCGAAAGAAUAUGCCAGCGAUGAGCGUGCUAAGGAGUGCCUGCCGAACAUGGCUGAACUGGUCGCCAAGUUCACUGCAGUGAAGAAGAAGUUUCUAGCAAUGGCAGAGGUUCAGAAGUGAUCCCGUGUUAUCAGUGCGAGGAUAUCAUGGUUAUGACAUAAAUCAAUCGUAUGGACAUGUUUCCUGGGAAAAGGAACAAGCUACUUAAGUGUACUAUACUAUGGUGUGUAAUUCCCAUUUGGUUGUAACUUGUCUUGCUUUCUCAGAUCCAGAAAUCGGUAGACACAUGGCGGAUUGUAUUUCUUUUCCAAUGCAGGGUGCAGCACCAUUACGAGCAAUCAAUAUUUCUUGUUAAUUA